AUGCAAGAGUUCCAGAACUUAGGGCGGUAUAUUGUCAGAAGUGAGAAGCAACGAUGUGCUUAUGGAAAAUUUGAGGAAAAUUUUGAGGAACUGAACAAAAAUCCAGUGGAAGGCUUUUCAGCAGGUUUAAUAGAUGAUAAUGACCUCUACCGAUGGGAAGUCCUUAUUAUUGGUCCUCCAGAUACCCUUUAUGAAGGUGGUGUUUUUAAGGCUCAUCUCACUUUCCCGAAGGAUUAUCCUCUCCGGCCACCUAAAAUGAAAUUUAUUACAGAAAUCUGGCAUCCAAAUGUUGAUAAAAAUGGUGAUGUUUGCAUUUCUAUUCUUCAUGAGCCUGGGGAGGAUAAAUAUGGUUAUGAGAAGCCAGAGGAACGCUGGCUCCCUAUCCACACUGUGGAAACCAUCAUGAUAAGUGUCAUUUCCAUGUUAGCAGACCCCAAUGGAGACUCACCUGCUAAUGUCGAUGCUGCGGUAAGAUGGCCUUCCCUCUUCACCCUUUCUUUUCUUAAUACAAUUCAACUUGAUAUUGAAUAUAUAUUCUUAUUUCCUAAGCCUUUUAAACAAGUGAAGCGGGCUGAUGCCAGUGGCUCAAGCCUGUAA